CCUUCGCCCUCGCCCUCGCGGUUCUCGCGUACGCCCGCGCCACGGCCACGGGAGGGAAAACCACCCGUGAGCCGGUGUGACGCAGCCGCGCGCGAGGCGCGACGCGAGUGUGCGUGACCCCGACCCGGCCGCGCGACGCGAGGCGAGGGAAAAGACAGGAGAGAAAAGGCGCCGCGCCGCGAGAGCCCCCGCGACCCGCAAAGCGGAAAAGCGCAGCGCGCGCGCGCGCGGCGAGACAUAUCGGCGUAUCGCGUUGGCGUCGCGGUGCAGCGCAGCGGAGGCGUUGGCUUUGGCAGUUUGGCUAGGCUGGCACCCUUCCCGUUCGUCCAAAUUCCUCUCGCCCUCCCCGACAAACCACCCUUUUUCCACCAAGCACUCCAAGCAUCCCACUCCACUCUCCGCUCCGCCACCUCCUUGCGCUGCUCUCGCUGGUACGGAGGAGGAUGCGGCGCAGGCUCCUCGCGCUGCUGCUGGUGGUGGCGGCGCUCCCGCUGCUCCCGGCGGCGAUCGCGGCAGAGUGUCCGUUGGAUUUGAGUUGGCCAAACUAUGAACUGAUGGCUUCUGUAUGCUCGGAUGAAAAUGGACACUCAAAAUGUUGCCGUUACAUCAAUGCUAUUAUUGCGGUCUCGUCUGCCAUGUAUGCAAAUACGACAGGCAUUCUUGGGGUCCCAGCCGAAAUUUCUGAUGCUUGCAUUGGCAACAUCUCUGACACAUUGGUAUCAAAGGGAAUUCUGCCUACCGCCGCUUCAUUUUGUGGCCUUGGGAUCAAAAUUCAAGUUUCCUAUCAAUGUAUUGGGAUGACUACCGUCCUCCAGAUGUUACAGUCUCCGAAUUUCAGUGAUGUCACUAGGAGCUGUGCAACUCUACUUUCAGAUGAUGUCAGUUGCAAGAGGUGCUUAAACUCUGGUCUGUCAUACCUCCGCCAUCUUGUGGGAGAACAAGAUAAUGUCACAUUGAAUACCUGCCGUGAUGCUGCCUUUGUUGCAUUUGCGAGUCAAGGGAAUAUAUCUACCGUUGAUACGGCGAGUUGCUUUUUUAGCGUCCAGGGGCUUAGUGCUCUUCAAGUGAAUAUCUCCGUGCCAUCCCCAGCUGGACUAAUUGCACCGAAUAUUGCUCCCAGUCCACUUGCAAUGCAAAUUCCUGGGGAGCAUGUUACUGGAGUGCUAUCCAAGCAUCAUCGUAGUUACAAGCUUGCACUAUUCCCUGCAAUUGGGGCUUUGGUUACAGGAUUAGCAGUUAUACUAAUGAUAGUAUUGAUUUUACUCAUCCGUAAAAAGAGUAGAGAAUUAGAGAAGAUUGAAGGAACUAACCCUCUUGAUGCGUGGAGUUCCUGUUUGAAGAAGGGCCAAGAAGGUUCUUCCACCAUUUUCGACAGAUUUACUUACAGACAAAUGAAGAAGGCAACAAGAAACUUUGGCACUGUGUUGGGAGGAGGUGAAAAGGGCACAAUAUUCAAAGGGAAACUGAGUGAUGGUUCUGUGGUUGCUAUAAGACGCAUAGAAAGCUCGCCAAAACAAGGUCAGCUGGAAUUUUGCAAAGAAAUGGAACUUCUUGGGCGGCUGCACCAUCGUCAUCUUGUUGGACUUAAAGGCUUUUGUCUAACAAGAUUUGAGAGGUUCCAGGUGUAUGAAUACAUGGAAAAUGGAAGCCUUAAGGAUCACCUUCAUUCGUCAGGUAAACGUCUUCUACCAUGGAAAAACAGGAUCCAAAUUGCCAUUGAUGUUGCAAAUGCUUUGGAGUACCUUCAUUUUUAUUGUGAUCCUCCAUUGUGCCAUGGGGACAUAAAGCCUAGCAAUGUCCUAUUGGACAGAAACUAUCUUGCCAAGCUUGCCGUUUCUGGUCUUGUACAAUGCUCAAAUGGUGAUAGUACCACCAUCAGUUCCACCCUAGUGAACGUGAAGAUCCCGGCAACUCCUGGCUACGUGGACCCUUGCUACGUGGUGAACCAGGUGGUGACGCCGAAGAGCGACGUGUACAGCUACGGCGUGCUGCUGCUGGAGCUGGUGACGGGGAAGCCCGUGGCGCAGGGCGACGACGAUGGCAACGGCGACAGCAGCAGCAGGAGCAGCAGCAAGAACCUCGUGGAAUGGUCGCGCGAGCUGAUCGGCACGGACUACCGGCUGCACGAGCUGGUCGACCCGGCGGUGGCCGACGCGUUCGACCUGGACGAGCUGCAGGUGAUGGCCGAUGUGAUCCACUGGUGCACCCACCGGGACGGCGCCGCGCGGCCGUCGAUGAAGCAGGUGCUCCGCAUCCUGUACGAGCGCCUGGACCCGCUCUCCGGCGGCCUCGCCCGCGCCGUCGCCGGCGAGGAAGGGUACUACUACGGCGGCUGGCAGAGCGGGCGGAAGGGGAAGGAGGGCGCGGAGAUGCUGGCCGGCGGCGGCGGCGACGGUGGUCGGUGCCUGCCGUCGUCGUCGAGCACGUCCAGGUCGUACUGCAGCCGCAGCGUGCUGCUUGAGUGCAACUCGCCGGAGGAGGCGCCGCCCCAGUCGUCGCCGCGCGGCUUGCCGUGACACCGUGACACGCCAUCUUUUUGUCGGUUGCAUCGACAGAUUUUGCAGGACACAACGUACAGUGAACAGUCGAAACACUGACUGAACUGAAAGAGAGAUUUUUUUUUUCGUUUUUUUUUUUUUGGUGAGAGUGAGUGAUGCAGCUGUGGCUGUCCAGCGAGGGAAUGCACACAGCACACACAGGGAUCCACCGAUCCAGACAUUCAGUGAGAUGAUGAAACUGAUGAGGCAGGGGGGGGCCCAGGUGGCGGAGUGAGAGAAGGCCGGGCACGCGUGAUGAAGAGGGCGAUGUUUGUUCAGUUCCCUAGAUGGAGUUGGUGGUUGUUCCACCUUCAUUGUUCAGUCAGCAUUGAAGAGCGUACUACGUCGGGAACAUGGGCCAUUCAAUUCGUGCAUGGAGGAUGGAUCCCUUCACUUGCCUUCCCUAGCUGCAGCCUGCAGCAGCUAGCAGCUCGAGUGGUACGCCCAUCUCGCGCGCGGGUGGUCCAUCCACCGGUGGCGCGCGGCGCCGACGCCGACGCCGACGCCGUGGGCGCGCGCGCUGCGCUGCGCUCGGAGUGGCAUUGGCACAGCACGCAGGAGGCAGGGCAGGCCAGAUCGAUCCCACCACGGCCGCGUGCGACAGUAGCAGCAGCCGUGCCAUGGGCAGGGUAACGUGACGCCCAGUGACAAUCACCGUCAAAAACAGGGCAGGGGGCAGCAAGCCGACGGCCGGCAUAGGCAGUUUGCUGACCGUGACUGCAGAGGCGUACCUGGAGGCUGGAGGAGCCAACUGAUGAUGGUACUAAGGUGGUGUUUGGUUGGAGGGACUAAAGUGGGGUUAAACUUUAGUCCCUCUCAGGACUUAUGUUUUUAUGAGAGGGACUAAAUUUAGUCCCUAGUUUCCAAACACCCCCUAAAGAGACUGGGUUUUUAUUUUUAUUUGUUCGAUCGCGUUUGUGUGAAUGUGUGAUCAGAUCGAACUUUAAAAGGAAAAAAAAAAGGAGCUCCCGUUUGCCGGUGAUGUGUCAA